CACAUAAAAACGCCAAUUAGGUCGGUUAGAUAUUUCCCCGCGCAAUUUGCGUCGUGAAUCUUCACCGUCCAAUUUAUACGUGUCAAAUAAAAGAUUCUAUAUUCUUUUCAAAUGGUAACGGCUACUACCGAAAGAUGAAAGAAAGAACUAAAGAGCAGAAAUGUUGUUCCCUUUAUUCUCUCCUUUCCCUCAUUGGAAUCCUAUUCUUCUCCUUUAUACCCUUGACCAACGACGCCUGAUAGAUGAGAUAAGAUAGCAAAGCAGCUCGGAAAGAGGUCCUUCCACUUCUCUGUUUCCUCACAUCGUUGGAACUUUCCCAUCUCGCAGUUAUCAGUUGCAGAAAUGGGUAUGUACUUGUCUCGACUUGUAAAGGCUCUCUUUACAAAGCGAGAAAUGAGGAUUCUGAUGGUGGGUCUUGACGCUGCUGGGAAGACAACAAUCUUAUACAAGCUAAAGCUUGGAGAGAUCGUUACUACCAUACCUACCAUUGGUUUUAAUGUGGAAACAGUGGAAUAUAAAAAUGUUAGCUUCACUGUCUGGGAUGUAGGAGGGCAAGAUAAGAUUCGGCCUUUAUGGAGGCAUUAUUUCCAGAACACCCAAGGGCUGAUUUUUGUGGUGGACAGCAAUGACAGAGAGAGAAUUUCAGAAGCUAGGGACGAGCUACAUCGAAUGCUGAGUGAGGAUGAACUACGUGAUGCAACAUUGCUUGUGUUUGCAAACAAGCAAGACCUUCCAAAUGCUAUGAAUGUUUCUGAAAUCACUGAUAAACUUGGCCUACACUCACUCCGUCAGCGCCGUUGGUACAUCCAAAGUACUUGUGCAACCUCUGGCCAAGGACUCUAUGAAGGUCUUGAUUGGUUAUCUAGCAAUAUAUCUAACAAGGCUUAAACAGUUGCACUACUAUUUGAGUUGUGGAUUCCCUUCCAGUUAUGUAUCUCCCCAUGUCCCUAAAGUUACUAUGGCAGGUCAUAGAAAGAAAGAGUUGAAUUGUUAUUAAGAAUGUAUCCAAAUGCUUUGAGAAAACUAUUGUGUGAAGACUACUUUACUAAAUCAUUAUAAAUAUAUUAGUUUGCAUUGGAAAGUAUUUGGGUUCUUCA